AUGGUGCAGCAACUGAAUAUCGCGAGGCUAGUCCUGGUGCUCGUCACGAUCCUCCCGUCAGCCGCUUUUGUGUCGUCCACAGGAAGUACUACCGGUCGCCCCAGAAGCUGCAAACUGGCUGCGGUCACCGAAGAGCAAGUCCUUGCAGCGGUCGAACGAGCUGAAGCGCUUUGGGCCGAUUCGUUGGAAGCUCGCAAAAAUGCCGAUGAAGCGGCCGGAAAAGCGGAAGCAGCCAGGGCGGGCGCCGAUGGGGAUCAUGACUCUUCCCAUUUGAACCCCAAGAUUGUUAACUUAGCAAGUGUUGCUGAUAGCAUGGAGGCUGAUUCUUUCGUAGAGCAGGCCAUGAAAUUCUCGGAGAAGGCCGACGACAUAGAAGCCAAGGCUGAAGCUGCUUUAGAAGAGACCGAGAACCUCCUAGAGCGGCACUUGAUGGAUUUCCCGAAUUCUCCUUUAGCCGAGUAG